AUGGAUCUCACUACCACAGUCCGUUGCGUUCGAGCACACCAUCCGCAAUUUAUGCGUCAAGGUCUUCUCAGGGAUUCGAGACAAUCACGCCGACCCUGCCUGGCUCACCAAGCGCGUUAUACUCACCACAAAGAACAAGCCGCUCGAGGAAGUCAACGAGGUCAUCUGCAACAUGAUUCCGGGACCGUAUCGAACGUAUUUAAGCGCAGACAAGGUCGAGAACGAAGACACCAACGCGCUGAUCUAUCCCACAGAAAUGCUCAAGACCUUGACCGCCGGGUCUGCUCUACCAGACCACAAGCUCAAGCUCAACAAAGGCUUCAUCUUCAUGCUUCUGCGCAAUCUCGAUCCCGCUACCGGUCACGUCAACGGCGCGCGAUAUCUCAUCGAGAACAUGACCAACAACCUGCUCUUUCUACGCGUUACCACCGGGUCACACCAAGGCAACAGACUAUGUCUCCCUCGAAUGCCCUGCGGACCAGGAGACGACAACUUCUCAUCCCUGGCUUCACCCGAACGCAGUUCCCCAUUCGCACGUGCUUCGCCCUUACAACGAACAAAGCGCAAGGCCAAUCCUUCGGUGGCCGCAUAGGUCUCGACUUACGAGAUCACUGCUUCUCGCACGGUCAACUCUACGUCGCACUAUCAAGGAAUACUCACCCAGGCAACGUCACUGUCCUCACUCGAGAGUCCAAUGAAACAACGCGAAACGUAGUGUACCCCGAGGUCCUUCAGUAG